UUACCACCAGAGCACAAAAUGGGAUACAACCACCUGCUUUCUCUAAGGUCGGCUAUUCUCUGGUCGCUACUCCUGAGUCAGUCAGUUUUGUGUCACGAGAAGACCCACUCACAUGCUGAGGAUGAGCUCUUCAAGACACUGUUCGCUGGUUACAACAAGUGGUCAAGACCCGUGCCAAACAUCUCUGAUGUGGUCAUUGUCAAGUUUGGACUGUCCAUAGCACAGCUCAUUGACGUGGAUGAGAAGAACCAAAUGAUGACAACCAAUGUGUGGCUUAAACAGGAAUGGAACGACUACAAGCUUCGCUGGAGACCAUCUGACUAUGACAACGUGACAUCUAUACGGGUGCCAUCAGAGCUCAUAUGGGUACCAGACAUCGUCCUCUAUAACAACGCUGAUGGAGAAUUUGCUGUGACCCACAUGACAAAAGCUCAUCUAUUCCACACUGGCAAAGUUCGCUGGGUCCCUCCUGCAAUUUACAAGAGCUCCUGCAGCAUCGAUGUCACCUUCUUCCCCUUUGAUCAACAGAACUGCAAAAUGAAGUUUGGGUCUUGGACAUAUGAUAAGGCCAAGAUUGACCUGGAGCGAAUUGAAAACACCGUGGAUCUCAACAACUACUGGGAGAGCGGUGAAUGGGCUAUCAUCAACGCUGUGGGAACAUACAAUACAAAGAAAUAUGACUGCUGCCAUGAGAUCUACCCCGAUAUCACUUACUUCUUCAUCAUUCGAAGGCUCCCACUGUUUUACACCAUCAACCUCAUCAUCCCCUGUUUGCUGAUCUCUUGCCUCACUGUUCUGGUUUUCUAUCUGCCCUCAGACUGUGGUGAGAAAAUCACCCUGUGUAUCUCUGUGCUGCUCUCCCUCACUGUCUUCCUUCUCCUCAUCACAGAGAUCAUACCGUCCACAUCCCUCGUCAUCCCGCUCAUCGGCGAGUACCUCCUCUUCACUAUGAUUUUCGUCACCCUGUCCAUCGUCAUCACUGUCUUUGUGCUCAACGUGCACCAUCGCUCUCCCAGCACUCACAAGAUGCCCCACUGGGUCCACUCCGUGUUCUUGGACCUGAUCCCACGAUGGCUGUUCAUGCGGCGGCCCGCACCAGAUGGCCGGCGUCGCAGGCUGUUGCUGCUUCAGCAGGGGCAGAACCGGAUAAGUGGGUACAAAACUGGCAACUGCCUCUGCACCUCGGCUAACUGGUUAAAUGACAGGACCGAGUUGGCAGACGCUGAGAGAAGUUAUUAUGAGGACUUGGAGUUGGGAACACUGACAUCAUAUUUCUCCUUCCGUCCACCUUCACCCAGACCUCCGGGGUCAACUCCUCCACCGCAGCAGAAAACCCCACAGAACAGCCAGAACCGGGAGGAAGUGGCUGGAGGGACAGACAGAUUUUUAACAGGAGCCAGAGUCACUCCUACUCAGAGGCCAACUAAAGGCAAUAAUACAGUAUCAGACUCACCACUCCUGCUUUCACCGAGUGUAAUACGUGCAUUAGAAGGUGUGCACUACAUUGCAGAUCACCUGAGAGCUGGGGAUGCUGACUUCAGUGUGAAAGAGGAUUGGAAGUAUGUUGCCAUGGUGAUUGACCGCAUCUUCCUGUGGAUGUUCAUUAUUGUGUGCCUACUUGGGACCAUUGGCCUCUUCCUGCCUCCAUGGCUGGCUGGCAUGAUCUAGUACUUGUGAAGAACUGUGUCAGGUUGAAAAACAAAUGUAACCACCUCCACUUUGUUUCACAUUUAAAAUGUAGCUGAACUCCACUUCAACACUGGGAAUGUGAACGUGUAAAGCCUAUGAAGCACUUUACACGCCAAACCAAAAUUAUGAAUGAUGGAAAGAACUUUGUAACUUUUUAGAUUCACCGCUUCUUCACCGCUAGUGAAGAAAAAACAAAAGGGUUUUUUAUUUGUAGUUACAGUGGCAAUUUUAGGACAUCUCAGGCUCUGCUAGCCAGACUUGACUCAUAUGGUUAGUGUUACGUUAAAUCCUAAGACAUGGGAGUAGAUUCUAGGGGAAGUCUGUUUCCCCUUAAGCUCAAUGAUAACAUUAGCAUGUUAACUAGUACUGGAAAGUUAGCAUGGAUGUUACCAGCUACUGAACGUUAACAUGCCCAUCUUUAGUAUAUUAUCUCAGUUAGUCUACUACAGUGUUGGGAGUAUGUAAGUUGUUAGUAAGUUUGCAGUCUCAUCAGAAGCUGGAGAGUCUAUAUUUUUGUCCUACCCAGUUACAUAUGUGGGUCAGAAUAAUAGGAACACCUCUGAUAUGAUGGAGCCUUGUCAUUAAGGGCUUUGUAUGUUAGGAAAGGGUUUUAAAUUAUUUCAGGAUUUUACAGGG